AAAAAAAAAAAAAAAAAACACGGAAAAGGAAGUUUGUAACCCUAAGACCCAAGUCCCUAAUCCUCCAAAUUCAAAUUCGUAGAAUUUGCUGCGGUUACAAGGGAAAUCCGAAAUUCCAUAUCCAACAAGAAGUUUUUUUUCUUUCGGUUGUAUCUAAAGUGUAAGCAGCCUAUCUUCCACGGUUCCACAGCUGGCCACGACCAGUCGUCGCCGUUGCUCGCUGGUCCCCGGAGCCAAAGAUAAAUUAGAUAAAUGGCGUCUGUAGUAAAAGUUCCUGUGAGUGUGAGUUUCCCUUCACAAGGGAAAUUUGGAGGAUAUUGUGGGAGUGAAAUUAGAAAAUCUGGGUUUCAGAGUGUGCGUAGGUCAUGGGUGUCAGCAGUAAUGUCAAGCAGCCCUGCCCAGAAUGUGGAAAAUCUUUCUAUCAAGUCUAAAAAUAUUGGAUUGCCUAUUAUGGUCAAUAGUUGCAUGGGCAAAAUGGGAAAGGCUGUUAUUGAAGCAGCUGUUUGUGCAGGCCUUCAUAUUAUUCCUGUAUCAUUUGGUGCUCAGGAGGAGAGUGGACAGUCUGUCGAAGUAGGUGGUAAAGAAAUUCAGGUCCACAGUCCGUCAGAUAGAGAAGAUAUCCUUGCCUCUGUCUAUGAAGAAUAUCCAGAUCUGAUUGUGGUAGACUACACAACGCCGGCUGCAGUGAAUGAUAAUGCAGAGUUGUACUGCAAAAUUGGGGUGCCUUUUGUGAUUGGAACCACGGGUGGAGACAGAGAGAGGCUUCAUAAGACUGUCGAAGACUCGAAAAAUUAUGCUGUUAUAUCACCCCAGAUGGGAAAGCAGGUGGUGGCAUUUCUUGCAGCCAUGGAAAUUAUGGCUGAGCAAUUCCCUGGAGCUUUUUCUGGAUAUUCUCUACAGGUAAUGGAGUCUCAUCAAUCCAACAAGAAGGAUGCAUCUGGGACUGCUAAGGCUGUUAUCUCGUGCUUUCAGAAACUUGGAGUGGACUUUGAUAUGGAUCAGAUACAAUUAAUAAGGGAUCCGCAGCUGCAAGUUGAAAUGGUUGGUGUCCCGAAAGAACACGUGUCUGGUCAUGCAUUCCACAUGUACCACCUAAUGUCACCCGACCAAACUGUUUCAUUUGAGUUUCAGCACAAUGUGUGUGGAAGAUCUAUAUAUGCGGAGGGCACUGUCGAUGCAACGCUUUUCCUUGCAAAGAAGAGGGAAAAUGUGGGUAAAUGUUGGAAAGUGACGAUCAACACCGGAAAAGAAGUUCGAGGUUUCAUUCAGCACGAAAAAUGGAGUUUUAGGUGGUUCAAUCCAAGGCUCCAAAACGGAUCUUCAAUAUGAUUGAUGUCUUGCGUGAAGGCAGCAUGCGAUGAUUUGUCUGGAUGGUUGUGGCACUUGAGGAAAAAUUAAAUUUUGUUCUACUGUCUGACUGACUGACUUCUACAUCACUUUUGUGUACUCUUGGAUCAUUUCAAGAACUAGAUAUCUUUGUUUCACAGUGUAGGAUUAUAGAUCCAAAGAAGCACUUCCUCCGUAACGAAAUAAGUGCAACAAAUGUCCUUGGCACGAACUCCUAGAGAGAAAAUGGCAAUUAUAGAUUAAGAGGUGUAUUAGGGAAAAAAGAGGAGAGAAGAUUACAUAAUCAAAUUCCACCUUCAUCAAUAACCACCAUGCCAACCACACUUUCACCACUGACCACCACAACAAUCGCUGCCUUCACCAUUGCCCUUUCAUCGAAACAACCACCACAUUUAUUGACCACCACCAACUAAACAAAAAAAAAAACCCACAAAA